GUGGUCAUCAGUUUCAUAUUGACUUCUUAUGGUAACAAUUUAAAAUUGUAGAGGAAAACAAUAGUUUGCCUGUAUUUAAUCAAGAACUUAUAAUAAAUACAGUGUGAAAAUAUAAAAAACAACAUCCAGCACAAAGAAGAAAAACAAAAAUGCUGAAUUACUUUCUGCUGUGCUCUUGCAUUGUUCCUGCUUUGUUAGGUGCACCGAUUCCAAUAGGGCAAAACGAUAUUGCUUCCCAUAUUGUUAUUGUUACACCUCAAGCUCAAGUUCAUCUGGAACCGGCAAUUAAGUACGAUACUGCUGCAUUUAUUCAUCAUCUCUCCCCAUUAGCUCGCAUCUCAUCUCCAAAUGAUGAGACUAUUUUCUACGUUCCAGCUAAUACUGCUGCUCCAAUUAUUCCCAUUGAAAACAUAAGCGUAGGACGUGCGAAUCUCAAAGAACAACCACAGAAACUAGAAACAAAACAAUGGGAUCAGAUUUCGCAGCAAAUUCAACAAGCUGUGCAAACUGGUUCAUCUCAGUUAGGACCACAGUUAAGUGAAGCAGCAAGCGCAGCCUCCAGCGCUGCCGCAGCUGCCGGCCAAGGUCUAUUUCCCGCCUUAUUUCCUCCAGGCGGUAGUUCAUCAUCCAACAUUGCAAAUAAGAAUGAUAACCCCACAAUCGAAUCUUUAUUAGCCAGCAAUGCCCGUGUUUAUGCACUUACUCCGGCUGUAUCCCAUGUUGUCGAUUUUAUUCACUCACCCUUAUUCAUCGCACCAAUUUCAGCUAUACGAACACGCAGUAUACAAGAAGGUGAAACCCGGACUCAAUCACCCGAAGCAUCAGUGCUUGGAACUAAACCUCUAAAUGAAAUACCCUUCAAUGCCAAUAUAAAAACUUCUGAUGACGUUAAAAAAAUUAAGCCACAACAAGAACUUAAAGGCAAUUUAGAGAAGAGCAAAUUCGAUGAUAAUUAUAAUAAUGAACAAAAGGAACAACGUUUUGGUAAUAUAUUACCACAGCCAUUAAAGGAGGAAGUUAAUCAACAUCAAUUUAUGCAACUUAAAAAUUCCGGUUUUCUUGAUGGUAAUGAAGGAAUUCGUGAAAAAGUUUCUAAGCCAUUAAACUCUAAGGGAGCUUAAAAUAAAAUGGCUGGUAUGACAUACAUAAAUAAACAUUAAAGGGUAUAUAGAGCUAAGACAUUUUUAAUAACACAAUGAAUUUUAUAAUUUACCUUACUAACACCCAAAAGUACACUUGAUUAUGAAAAAUUUAAAUAAGUAAAUAUUUUAAUAUUGAAAAUGUA